UGUUGGCCACGGGUGUGGGCGCGGCAGGCUAGUGCAAGGGUGGCCUGCACAGGCACUUUCUAUCCUGGGCUGAAGUGUUCUUAACCAGACCCAGCAUUGGGUGCCUCCUCAGAGGACACAAGGACCACGGACAUUCUUCCUCCUGUCUUUUGAUGGUGACUUCCAGGACGACUCUGGCACUUGAGCACAGCCGUAUGUAGGACUAUGCUAGUUGCUGGGGUUUGUCCGAGGCCAGGCUGCCAUGAUGUGCGCGUGACCCCUCCUCCUACAGUCCUUUUCUCACCCCCUGCACCUUCGCUCCACUCUCUUCUCAUCCCCAGAUUGAACAUGGCUGGAGAGCCCAGGUCUGGCUUUGCCCAUCCAGGCCCUAAGAGGCCACAGGACGCGACCAUCUUCCGGGUGGAUAAAAGCAAGGAGACCCCUCUACUCAUCAACCAGGUGCCUGCCAAGAGCCUCAGAACCCACCUAAGUCCGAGGGUCAAGAACACCUACAGCCCUUACAAAGCCUGCAGGGAUAGCCGUCUGCCCCUGGGGCAGAGAAAGUCCCAGACUGAGGAGCUGGAUUCCAUCAGGAGGGAGCUGAGCAAGAUCAAAGCCCAGGUGGACAGCCUGUUGAAGAGUCUGGAGUCCAUGGAGGAGCAGAGGGCUCAGCACACAGGUCAGGUACUCAAGAGGGUGCCCAGGCCACUCUCUCAGUGGGUCCCAGUUUUUCCUGUUCACUGGGGGUUCUAUCUGUGUCUUUCUCUCACUGUUGUUAUGGUCAUUUUGGCUCUUUUAUUCUUCUGGCUUUUUGAGGGGCCCACCACCCAGCUCCCAAAUAAAUCACACAUGAAGGCUUAUUCUUAGUUAUGAACGCCCAGCCUAAGCUUGGCUUGUUUCUUGCCAGUUUUUCUUAAAUUACCCCAACUACCUUUAUGCCUCUGGGCUUUUAUCUUUCUUACUUCUGUAUAUCUUUCCCUCUCAUUCCACGGCUAGUUGGGUGGCUAUCUUCCUCUGGUUCUCUCGCUCCUUUGUUUCUCUCUUCAUUCUCUCUGCCUGCCAGCCCUGCCUAUCCUUGCUCCUGGUCAUUCAGCUUUUUAUUAGGACCAUCAGGUGUUUUAGACAGGCAAAGAAUCGCAGCUUCACAGAGUUAAACAAAUGCAGCGUAAACAAAAGUAACACACCUUAAAAUCAUAUUGCCCAACACACGAUAGGCCUCUUUUGCCAGUAUUGACUCUGGCUGUUCCAUGCCAGCGGGACCUCUUUGACAUCUGUGUUGUCUGGAGUCAGCUGGGACUUCCAAUCUGACAGUUCUCAGAACAGGACCAAAAGGGAAUGGGAACAGGUGUCCUGGAAGCAGGGCUCCUCACGCACAAACGCCGAGUCCAGCAGGUGACCAGAGGGCACAGGGCUACCAGGAGGCUGCUCAGGGGAAAGCUCAGACAGGAGGCAACAGUGAGUGGUCUGCUCUCCUUCACCCCACUUGUUUGGGUUCUUGUGGUCACUCUGUGAGCAAAGGCAGUGCACUCUGGUUUGUGUAGGAACCGGUAGUCGUAGGGUCCAGACAGGCUUACGACCUCUAUCCAAGAGCAAUGCCUAGGACAGCCACGUUCUGCCGGCCACCACCCCUUGCUUUUUGACUUGGGGUUUGAUUAGCCCAGAUAUAUCAGGGGCUACGGCCAGGCAUUUAGACACUUAAGUUAGUCAGUCCUACGUUGAAAUAUCAUCUUCUGGAAAGGAAGCUGAGCUUUGUAGAUUCUAAAGAUGUUUCAUAUCUCAAGCCCCCCUCAUAAGCGUGUUACAAUUUGAAUUUCUGCCACUUUUCUGGCCAUUGGUUGCCUCUGGCUCUUGGGGUUGCACUGUACCAUGCUGUCCAGGGCGGCCAUGUCAUGCUAAUGUUCCUAGAUUGAGACAAUCCAAAUCUGAACUGGUAACAAACGGCCCUUUGUGUAGCAGUAAAGAGCCUAAGUUUUCUCUGCCCUCCCAUAUCUUCCUGUCCAUUCAUGCCCCACACUGCUUCCCAAGUCUGCUCAGCAAGAGCAGGGUUGGUAGUGGUGAAUUCCCUCAUGACCCCCGGCCUAACCCAGGCUGGAUGGGCUCAGAAGAGUGCUUGCUGCUGCCUAGGGCCUAAGUCACAACUGCCCCGGAAAAAGAAUGGGCUACAGGAGAGUGUUUGCUCUGCCUGCUGGUUCUGGGUUUCCAGGCUUUAGUGGUAGCGGUAUGCUUAGCAUGGACAAUCAAUCUCCAGUACCUCUUCCAUCCCCACAAAGAAUCUAGGCUAAGGUCCCAGGACAUAGGGGUAGGAGGGGAGUUGGGGGUACUAGAUUUUAGCUGCUCCUUCCUAAACUCUACCUCCCACCCUCUAAGCCAGCCCCUCCUAUUAAUUCCACAGGUGAAGAUUCAAGCAUCGGACCAGGAUAGCCAGGAGGUGGGGACCCUUCCAGGCUCCACUGUUACUUCUUGGGUAGCUUGUUUCCUUGCCUUGUUUUUGGAAGUCCCUGGUCACACCCAUGCAACCUGAAGUAACCUUUCUGGAGCUAGGGCAAUGCAAGUAGAAGCAUGGUUCGGCCAGUCUACCCAGGAAACCUCCUGGUAGUUGUGGGCUUAACUUUGAGGUCUUUUCCAUGUGUCCAGGGUGGGCGGGGUGUCCUCACAACUAGCAGCAUCUCACCAUCCUCACUGAAUUAUGGCCUUGCAGGAGGCACCUGACAGGGCCCUGAGCCCCCACUGAAUGCAGACUGCCUCUGGUUUCCUCCUUCCCCAUGCACCACUAAACCUGGUGGUGUGGCACACUUUUCUGCAGCCACAGGAGUGAAACUGUGAGGUUGUGUAUGUGCCCCUCUAACCAGCCCCUUUUGGUUAAACUCACCACCAUGUACCCUACAAAGCCAUCCUUUAAAAUAGGUAGAUAACUUUUUGUUUGUUUUUCGAGACAGGGUUUCUCUGUAGCUUUGGAGCCUGUCCUGGAACUAGCUUUUGUAGACCAGGCUGGUCUCAAACUCAGAGAUCCGCCUGCCUCUGCCUCCCGAGUGCUGGGAUUAAAGGCGUGCGCCACUACCUCCCGGCUUGGUAGAUAACUUUUAUGUCUUGUUUUUUAUAUUGAUUUUCACUAGUAUAACACUAACUUCAGAUCUACUGUAGAGUCAUGUCAAAAAGGAAAAAAAUAAAAGUGUAUUUCUUCCUCCUGGUCAAGGGUUCUUCCAUGAUCCACACAAGCAGAUGAGCAGACCCCUGGGAUACCUAAACUGAAUAGCAGUUUCACACAGCUUCCAAGAUCAGGAACCCUGCACUCCUAGCCAGUGAGGCCAGCUCUGCCUUAAGGAAUAGCCAAGCUCUAAGUGGUGCCAGUAUUUAGGAGUUCUUCCCCUUGGUAGGUCAUUGUUACCCUGAUCCAAAACUGAACGGGAGACACCAGGUAAUGAAGCUAGCCCAGGACUCCACUUCUGUUAUUUUUGUUUGCAACAAAAACUGUUUCUCUCUGGCUGUCCUAGAACUCAGAGAUCCACCUGCCUCAGCCUCCCCAGUGCUGGGUUUAAAGGUCUGUGCCAUCACAGCGGGCAGGGCCCUACUUCUGCAAAGCUAUGGGAGCCUCCGGUCCUGCUAUUCUACUGGCCAAAGGGGGGACCAGGGCUUCCUUCCAGAGCAUAGUCCUUCCCAGCUCCCCAACUCCCUAGACAUGCACCUGUGCUUUGGCAAACCAAAGGAGAGGGAGGAUAGGUGUGCACCCAGCCUUCCGAGGCCAUUUAACUCUCCCGUCCUUUUGUCAAGACAGGGUUUCUGUGUAGCCCCGGCUGUCCCGGCAUCUCCUCGCUUCAGAUACUGCUCCUGGGGCAGGCGGUUUCUCCACUAAAGCACACUACUCCUUCUUUCUUACUUACGG